GUAAAACCUGCCAUCCACAGGUGCGGUGGGUGAUAGGAAACACUCGGGACCUGCUUCUCUCCGCUUGCAUCACUGAGUCGGUGAAAUUACUGAGUGAAAACUUGCGUUGCGGUAGCCGAGUCCUUUGUUUGCCCCCUCGUGUAGCUGGAGAAACUGGGCGAGGUGUUUAUUUUGUUUAUUGGGAUGCUGUUGCAGACUGAAAGUGCCGGGGAUCUUUUAAAGCAGAGCCCAAUGUCUUGUCCCUUCUACCCGCUCGGUCAUUUUCCCUUGAGAAAAUACCGACGGUCUGUAGGGAUUAUAGCUGAUCCCUUUCUAACUCUCGGAAAGUGGCCCGUUGAUAAAUAAAUGCAGUUGGAUCUUAGAUUCCAAAUUUGGUUGAAGUUGCAAGGGAGACUUAUUUUUCCUCUUGCAGCGAGGCAUGGGAGGAAAGGGCGGGAUUUCUCCUGUUCUCGUGGCAGGAUAAUCUGUCUCGUUGUAUGCAAAUAAAACAUCUUUAUUGUUGGAUUUCCCCUGGCAAUGGUGAGCGCGUUGAUCAGAGGAUGUAAUCAGGUGGCCGGCCUUUUAAUGCAAGAGCUUAAUGGCUGUUGGCUUUUUCCCCCCCCUGUAUGGCAACAAUGAGUAUGAGCCACGGCAGCUGACAAAAAAGAAAGGGUCUGCUGUGGCUCGCAGUUGUGCCCCUUCUUUCUGCAAGGCUAAUCUAUAUCGGCUCUGCCCCUGGAGGUCUUCUCCCAUUUUCCAGCUAAAGGGGAGAGAAAAUACCUUCCCGGCUGAAAGGCUUUAUUUCUUUGCAGCGCGUCUAGAACACUUUGUAAUUAUUAUUGUGGGGGUUUUUUUGUCAAUUUUUUUGGCAUCCAUAUUUUGCAACCCAGCAUCUGCCAACUGUGUGCUGGAAAGCUAAAUGUAGAGUAUUUAUCAUUGGGAUUAAUCAUUUUAUUGAGCAAAGGCUUCUUACAUACAAAAAUAUUCAAGAUCAAAGCUUUGAAAAACAAAGCUGUUACAUUAUAGAAGAGAGGAGACAUUUUCUUAGUUCAGUUGAUAUGAACAGAUGAAAUACUAUGCGCAUAAUGUAAGUUAGUGUCAAAAGAAGCUUGUAACUACAGUCUCUUUAGCAUUUUGUCUUUGCAUCUUUUGAAUAAUUACGAGGUGUUGAAUAAUAUAUUUUUUUACAGUGUGUGCAAAGACUUCCUCUGGAGUUCUAACCUUCCUGGGCAGACGUAUGCGCAUGCUUUAAUUAAUAGAGCAGGUUAUUUAUCCCGACUAUUUAUAGCCUGCCCAUCACUACAGCGUUAGGGCCCUGUUCCUUGUCUGGCGGGAGUAAUGUGAUUCCAGACAAAUAGUGACUGUUGUCAGCGGCGCCGGUUUCGCCGGCGAAGAGAAGCUUUGUCCUAGAAGCUUCACCGAGGAUUUUUUUUCUAGAUGUUUCUGUGAAGGAGGAAUAUUGAAAAUCAUAAAUAUGUAGUUAUUGAUCAGUUGCAGUGGUUAUCCGCUCAGGAUCUUAGUGUAUUCCCCCUAUGCAAUUGUGCUUGGGUUUGCGAAGAGCUUGUAAUUAUAAAAAAGUUGAUGUUAACAGGCAGAGAAAAUAAUAUUUAAGGCUCUUUGAUUCUUGCUUCCCCUGCUAAGCAGAUCUCUAGCAUGAACCUGUACUUCAGAGCUUCAUUUCUUGGAAUCUAUUUUCUUACCAUUUGUCAUUCAGCAAUUAUUUUUGUUGUCUCUCCAUUUUUUUCAUUUUUUUUUUUUUUUUAACAGAACAGGAGGAAGUUUGGGUUUCUGUUCAAUGAUAUGAACAAGGGCUGGGCACCGAGUUUGAUUUCUAAGCCACUCACUGCUAGUAGAAUCUCUGGCAAGUCGCUUAAUUUCCCUGAACUCUGUUUCCCACCUUUGAGAUAAGGUUAAUAAAAUUUUUUACACGCUGCAGGUUUUAUGUAAAUGAAGAAGCUGGUAACGUCUUUGAAGCGUGCAGGUAACGGGUGCUGGGGAGAACGUGAGCUUUUUCAUGCUUAAUGUAAUACACUUGGUUAAUUGUAUAUUAGGAUUAUUACAAUACUGUUUGGGUUUUUUUAAUUUUUUUAAAUAUACUAAUGUAAUUUUAUUUGACAAGCAAGAGACUUGAUUUAUUUAUUUUUUUUAAUCAGUUGGCUAUUUUUUCUCCUUGAUUACGAGGAAUUUUACUAAGACUAGUUUGGGGCGUGUGCGAGAAGUUCAGUGGGCGCAUUUAAACGACUACGGCUUUAUACAACGUUUACGAGCGGGAAUUGAGAUGUGUUAAGUUGGGGUAAUUCAGUUUAUGUGCUAUGUUUAUUAGUAAUGGUUUGUGUAUUGAGCGAGAUGGAGAGCCAGCCUUUCCAGCGGUUGAUGGUAGAGGGACAGAAUCGAUUCUUCUUUGCUGUCACCCAGGUGGGAAACCAGCGUCCUGGUUUCAGCUGGGAUGGAGUUAACAUUCUUCCCAGUCGCUGCUGUGUUUUGGAUUUAGCAUGAGAAUAGUAUUGAUAACAGAUAUUGUUUUAGUUGUUGCUAAGUAAUGUUUGUGUUCAGUCAAGGACUUUUUCAGCUCCCUGUAGAAGCAGAGAGGGAGCGUGGACAGGACGAGCUGCCGCAGGAAUAUUCUGUACGACAGGCACUUGCCCGGUAUAGAAGUGGGGCUGGCUGGGGACAGGGAUCCGCGAUCACUGCUUGGGCCGGGCAGCUGAUCUCCGGGUGGUGAGCGAUUGCAUGCACCGCUCUAUUUUGUAUAUUCUUUUACCAUUAUUAUUACUUUCUUUUUCCGUUACUGUUCUAUUAAACUGUCUUUAUCUCAACCCGUGAGGUUUUUAACUUGGAGCACGUACAGAUAUAUACAUCAUUGCUGUAUGAUGUAUGGGUUGUUCAGUCUGGAGAAAAGAAGGCUCCGAGGAGACCUUACAGUGGCCUACCAGGAUCUGAAGGGGGGCUACAAGAAAGCUGGGGAGGGACUUUUUAGGAUGUCGGGUCAUGGUAGGACUAGAGGGAAUGGGUUAACACUAGAGCUGGGUCGAUUCAGACUGGACGUUAGGAAGAAGUUCUUCACCGUGAGGGUGGGGAGACACUGGCCCAGGUUGCCCAGAGAGGUGGUGGAAGCCCCAUCCCUGGAAGUUUUUAAGGCCAGGCUGGACGGGGCUCUGAGCAACCUGAUCUAGCGGGAGGUGUCCCUGCCCACGGCAGGGGGGUUGGAACUAGAUGUUCUUUAAGGUCCCUUCCAACCCUGACAAUCUGAUGAUUCUGUGAUCAUCAAGGUCCAGAUUAGAUGCGGUCCCAGGAGAAAAUACUUGACUUUCACCGUGUUCUGCGUGCAGUGGUGCUCAGAACAGCAAACAAAGUGGGGGGGGGUUGUAAAUAGUGGAGCAGAAAGUAACGCUGCCGAUUAGAAUAAGUGGUACACCCCCAGCGUAUCUAACUGCCUUUGUUUCUGCUUCCCCGUGUCUCGCAGAGACGUAGCCAAAGUAGAAGUUUUAGAGAUUGGUGGCAAGAACGAGACUUACUCAUGAGGGGAGACAAAACGGGCUGGAAUUGUCUGGUGUGGCCUUUCUCUAAAUAAAUACGGUAAUGGUUAAGCGCAGUAACGAGCAGUGCAGAAAAGGUAAAUGGGGUGCUUUACUCCAGAGAUCAAGAGAAUGUUCAUUUGAGUUGAUGGACACUAACUAUGGAUCUAAUUGCAGAAAACCCCGUUGCUUUUUUUCUUUGAAGGAGUUCAUACGUGUCGGUCGGAUUCCCUGCCAGGGGAAGCUCGGGAGCCGUGCUGGGGCUGAAGGAGGGCUCGGCCGAGGAUGCUCGCACGUCUGGGCACGCAGUUUUCCCUCAUUUAAACUUGGACAUUCAAUCUCUGUCAUGUGCGUUGGCAGUAAUCCUAGAAUAUUCAAAACCACGAACUGAACAAACCCCAUGGUUCUUCCUUCUUUCAGUCACAGUUAUUCAUUUAUUUAAAGGAUGGCGGACACGGACCUUUUUAUGGAAUGUGAGGAGGAGGAGCUGGAGCCAUGGCAGAAAAUCAGUGAUGUGAUUGAAGAUUCCGUUGUUGAGGAUUAUAAUUCAGUUGAUAAAACUGCUACAGCUGGCAAUCCUCUCGUUCAGCAGAGUGGCCAGCCACUAAUCCUCACCCAGAACCCAGCCUCGGGUCUGGGCACGAUGGUGACUCAGCCAGUGUUACGACCUGUACAGAUCAUGCAGAACGCCAAUCACGUCACCAAUUCUCCAGUGACCAGCCAGCCCAUCUUCAUAACGACCCAGGGAUUUCCCGUGAGGAACGUGCGGCCUGUACAAAACACAAUGAACCAAGUUGGAAUUGUUCUCAACGUACAGCAAGGUCAGACAGUUAGACCCAUCACCCUCGUCCCAGCCCCAGGUACCCAGUUUGUUAAACCAACGGUCGGAGUUCCUCAGGUGUUCUCUCAAAUGGCCCAGGUGAGACCAGGUACAACCAUGCCGGUCCGACCCACCACCAACACUUUCACUACGGUCAUUCCGGCCACGCUCACCAUCAGGAGCACUGUGCCACAGUCCCAGGCGCAGCAGCAAAGUAAGUCCACUCCCAGCACCUCCACAACUCCUACUGCAACGCAGCCAACACCACUUGGACAGUUAACUGUGCAGCAGCCAGGGCAGUCCAGUCAAGCUACUAACCCCAAAUUAGUGAGUAUUGCGAGCUUUGUGACUGUAAAGAGGCCUGGAGUGACUGGGGAGAACAGCAAUGAGGUUGCUAAGCUAGUGAAUACCCUGAACACCAUUCCUUCGUUAGGACAGAGCCCUGGCCCGCUGGUGGUUUCCAACAGCAGCCCUGUGCACGGUUCCCAGAGAUCCAGCGUUUCAGAGUCGUCGUCGUCAUCGUCGUCAUUAAAAGUCAGUUCAUCUCCUAUUCCCACAUUCGACUUGCAAGAUGGUGGCAGGAAGGUCUGCCCAAGGUGUGAUGCUCAGUUUCGAGUCACCGAAGCUUUAAGAGGACACAUGUGUUACUGCUGCCCUGAAAUGGUUGAAUUCCUCAAGAAAAGAAAAUCUCUAGAAUCUGAACCAAAUAUUCAAUCUGCAAAGCCUCCGUCUCCAGAAAAAACUACAGCUGUUGCUUCACCACCCUCUUCUACUCCUAUCCCUGCCCUGUCCCCGCCUGCUAAAGCUCCAGAGCCAAGUGAAAACGUAGUUGACUCGUCCCAAAGUAAGCUCAUUAUGUUGGUAGAUGAUUUCUACUACGGCAGAGAUGGUGGCAAAGUGAGCCAGCUCCUGAACUUCCCCAAGGUUCCAACUUCCUUCAGGUGUCCACACUGCACCAAGAGGCUAAAGAACAACAUACGGUUUAUGAACCACAUGAAGCACCACGUUGAACUGGACCAGCAGAACGGGGAGGUGGAUGUCCACACCAUCUGCCAGCAUUGUUACAGACAGUUCUCCACUCCGUUUCAGCUGCAGUGUCACUUAGAGAACGUCCACAGUCCCUAUGAGUCAACAACAAAGUGCAAGAUUUGCGAGUGGGCGUUUGAGAGCGAGCCGAUGUUCCUACAGCACAUGAAGGACACUCACAAGCCUGGGGAGAUGCCCUACGUUUGUCAGGUCUGCCAGUAUCGUUCAUCACUCUAUUCUGAAGUGGAUAGCCAUUUCCGAAUGAUCCACGAAGACACGCGGCACCUGCUCUGCCCUUACUGUCUCAAGGUCUUUAAGAACGGCAAUGCCUUCCAGCAGCACUUCAUGAGGCAUCAGAAGAAGAGUGUUUAUCACUGCAACAAGUGUAGACUCCAGUUCAUAUUUGCCAAGGAUAAAAUUGAACACAAGCUGCAGCACCACAAAACUUUCCGAAAGCCCAAACAAUUAGAAGGAUUGAAACCUGGAACCAAGGUUACGAUCAGGGCAUCCAGAGGACAGCCGCGCACAGUGCCAAUAUCGUCCAACGACAUGCCGCAGGGCCCUGGGCAGGAAACCGCUCCGCUGUCGUCUUCUACCGAUCCCCAGCCCAUCUUCCUGUACCCGCCUGUCCAGAGGAACGUCCAGAAGAGAGCGGUCAAAAAAAUGAGCGUCCUGGGGAGACAGACCUGCCUGGAGUGCAGCUUCGAAAUCCCCGACUUCCCGAACCACUUCCCCACCUACGUGCACUGCUCGCUGUGUCGCUACAGCACCUGCUGCUCCAGAGCUUACGCCAACCACAUGAUCAACAACCAUGUUCCUCGGAAGAGUCCAAAAUACUUGGCUUUGUUUAAAAACUACACUGCCUGCGGUGUGAAGCUGUCGUGUUCCUCCUGUCUCUUUGUAACAUCUGAGGGUGAUGCGAUGGCCAAACAUCUGGUUUUCAAUCCAUCACACGAGUUUAGUAACAUUAUUUUCCGAGGGCCUACUUGGAUAUCGCAUUCCAGGCACGUUCAGCCCCAGGACAAAAGCGUGAAGAACACGUGCCCUGCCUAUUCCCCGGCUAAAGCUGCUACUGUGAAAACAAAGUCUGUGUUACCCGCGAAGGACGACCUGGAGCCCGAGCUGGCACCGGCAGCCUACGGCCGGCCUCUGGUCUGCCAGGAGGAAGAGUGCUUAAAUAUUGAUGCUCAAGAAGACGAGCAGCCGACAAAGGAGCCCGAGCCCGCGAGCAAAAAGGAGCAGCUGUCGGUAAAGAAGCUGCGAGUUGUACUGUUUGCCUUGUGCUGCAACACGGAGCAGGCUGCGGAGCACUUCCGAAACCCUCAGAGGCGGAUCAAGCGCUGGCUACGCAGGUUUCAAGCUUUCCAAGAAGAGAACUUGGCGUCCCUGUCGGAGGGCAAGUACCUCAGCUUAGAGGCUGAAGAGAAGCUGGCGGAAUGGGUCCUCACGCAGAGGGAGCAGCAGCUGCCUGUCAACGAGGAGACUCUCUUCCAGAAAGCCACCAAGAUCGGCCGCUCCCUCGAAGGUGGCUUCAAGAUCUCCUACGAGUGGGCGGUGAGGUUCAUGCUGCGGCACAACCUCAGCACGCACACGCGAAGGGCCGUGGCUCACCCUCUCCCCAAAGACGUGGAGGACAACGCCAGUUGCUUCAUCGAGUUCGUGCAGCGGCAAAUCCACACUCAAGACCUGCCCCUCUCCAUGAUCGCCGCCAUCGAUGAGAUCUCCCUCUUCCUCGACGUGGAGGUGCUGAGCAGCGAUGACCGGAAGGAGAACGCUCUGCAGACGGUGGGGACCGGGGAGCCCUGGUGCGACGUUGUCCUCACCAUCCUCGCCGACGGAAGCGUUCUCCCAACGCUGGUCUUCUACCGGGGUCACGUACAGCAGCCCGCCAACGUGCCGGAAUCCAUCAUGUUGGAAGCAAAGGAGAACGGAUACAGCGACGACGAAGUCAUGGAGCUGUGGUCGUCCCGAGUGUGGCAGAAGCACACGCGGUGCCAGAACAGCAAGGGCAUGCUCGUGCUGGACUGUCACCGAACGCACCUCUCCGAGGAGGUACUGUCCUUGCUGAGCGCCUCCAGCACCCUGCCGGCUGUCGUCCCCGCUGGCUGCAGCUCCAAAAUCCAACCCCUGGAUGUUUGUAUAAAAAGGACUGUGAAAAAUUUCUUGCAUAAAAAGUGGAAAGAGCAAGCCAAGGAGAUGGCGGACUCCACGUGCGACUCGGACAUUCUCCUCCAGCUGGUUCUGUGCUGGCUGGCGGAGGUGCUGGAGGUCAUUGGUGACUCUCCCGAACUGGUGCAGCAGUCCUUCCUGGUGGCCAGCGUCCUGCCCGGCCCCGACGGCACCGCCAACUCGCCCCGGCGCAACGCCGACAUGCAGGAGGAGCUGAUCGCCUCGCUGGAGGAGCAGCUGAAGCUGAGCGAGGGGCAGCGGGAGGCGGCGGCGGCCGAGGCCCAGGACCGGAGGGAGGCCGAGGAGGCCGCGGACCCCGAGAUCCUCCAUCAGCUCUUCGAAGGGGAAAGCGAGACUGAGUCCUUCUAUGGCUUUGAAGACGCCGAUUUGGAUCUGAUGGAAAUCUGAGCACUGAUCUUGCGAAUCGUGAUCCGGAAAGGGUUAUUUUUUAAAUAAAUGUUGGAUGAGACCAUUA